CGCACCAGAGGGUACCACUUAGCACAUGCCCAAAAACAUUAAAUUUUGUACUUCUCUACAUAAUAAUUUUAAACAUGUUUAAAAAGUUCGAUGAUAGGGAGAGUGUGUCAGGAAAUAUACAGAUGAAAAGUUCUGUACAGAAGGCAAUUAAAGCAAAGUUAUUAGAUCAGUACCCUUACAUCGAAGCUUACAUAUCUUCUAUUAUGCCUAAGAAGGAAACACUUAAAAUAGUCAAAUGUCAUGAUCACAUAGAGCUACUUGCAAAUCAAAGUGGAGAACUACUCUUCUUUAGACACAGAGAAGGGCGGUAUAUGCCGACGUUAAGAUUAAUCCACAAGUAUCCAUUCUUGCUACCUCCACUCCAAGUAGACAAGGGUGCGAUCCGGUUUAUUCUCAGUGGAGCUAACAUUAUGUGUCCUGGACUCACGUCACCCGGUGCAAAACUUACUUCUGUUCCCAAGGACACACCUGUGGCUAUCAUGGCAGAAGGGAAGCAACAUGCAGUCUGUAUAGGAUUAACGAAGAUGUCUACCGAUGAAAUGCAAUCUGUGAAUAAGGGAAUUGGUGUAGAUAAUCUUCACUACCUCAACGAUGGAUUGUGGUACAUGAAAGCGAUCAAGUAGGCACAUCUCCAUACGCCUAAUUCGGCGCUAGGACGGUGUCAGAUAAUGCCUGGGUAUAUAUUUUUGUAGUCUCCUACAUUUAGUAAAACGUAGAAAGUUGUAAUACAGGCAAUUGCGUAACAUAUUUAAAAACUCAAUAUUUGCUCAUUACCUGAUGACAUUUCUCGUAAGCUGAUCAAUAUUAUUUAUGUUCGCAUUAUCUCUACGACUUACUGAUCAAGCAAUUGUUUUAAAUCUAGACUGAAAUUUGUAACCAGGAAACUGCUUUAAUUUAUAUGCAUCUCAUAAAACAAAUUGUUAUUAUGUUGU